UGCCCAACAAAACCUCAAAAGCCAUAAAAGAUAACCAAGAAAGGGCGGCACGAAGCAAUGGAGGAGAAAAAGCCUCUUCUGCCACUGCUCUUCUUCUCCGUCGCCAUCCUCGCCGGCGCCGGCGCGGCCGUGGCCAAGUCGACCAUCGAACCGUGCACGGGGACGGCCUCCUGCUCCGCGCUGCUGGGCUACACCCUCUACGCCGAUCUCAAGGUCUCCGAGCUGGCCGUCCUCUUCCAUGCCGACUCCACCGCCCUCCUCGCCGCCAACGCCAUCGACGUCUCCUUCCCUGGUGUCGAGAACCGCAUCCUCCCCGCCGGCCUCUUCCUCCGCGUCCCCGUCGCCUGCUCCUGCUCUGGCGGUAUCCGCCGCUCCCUCUCCACCCGCUACACCGUCCGCCCCGCUGACACCCUCACCUCCAUCGCCGCCUCCGUCUACUCCGGCCUCGCCACCCCCGACCAGAUCCAGGAGGCCAACAACAUCCGCGACCCCGCCGCCCUCGACGUCGGCCGCACCCUCGUCAUCCCCCUCCCCUGCACCUGCUUCAACUCCACCGAUAACAACCUCCCCACCGUCUACCUCUCCUACGUCGUUCGCGCCGGUGACUCCGUGCCCGCCAUCGCCGCCCGCUUCUCCACCACCAAAACGGACAUCAUGAACGUGAACGCCAUGGGGAGCCCUUCGAUCCGGCCAGGUGACAUACUCGCCAUUCCGCUGCCAGCAUGCGCAUCGAUGUUUCCAAGUUAUGCAUCGGACUACGGCCUGAUUGUGGCCAAUGGGACUUAUGCCAUUACUGCUAGCCACUGUGUUCAAUGCAGUUGUGGACCAGGAAAUCUCAGAUUGUAUUGUUCACCAGCAUCCUUGUCAGCAUCAUGUUCGAGCAUGCAGUGCAGCAACAGCAAUCUUAUGAUCGGAAACUAUACUUCCCAGCAGACCAGCGCUGGUUGCAAUGUUACUUCUUGCAAUUAUGGUGGCUUUGUAAAUGGAUCUAUCGCCACUGUGUUAACCACAUCUCUUCAACCUCAGUGUCCAGGGCAACAUCAGCUUCCUCCAAUCAUACCCCCACCGACCACAGUAAUCCAUGAUUCAUUUCUCAUUCCAACACCAUCGCCAUCACCAUCACCAUCGGCAGUCCAGGCAGGUACUACUACUAUUACAACGCCGAGCGCAACGGUGCCAGGAACAUUUUCGCUACCUGGUGUUUCUCCUGCCUACGUCCCUUCUGUAAGCAUUUCUGAGGCGGUUUUCGUUAGUCCAUUAAGCCACAUUUUAUGGUUGUUUGGCCUAUCUUUGGGUCUUUCCAACUCCCUGUUUUAAUCUUCUUCAACUGUCUAUGCUGGGAAGCAAAUUUUGCAUCGGUUGUUCAUUGGCGAGCUUGUCUGAUGUAUCUUGACUUUUGCCGAGACCUAUAUUUACGUGUCUAGUUUUUCCAGUUGUUGUUA